AAGUUGAAGUGUUUUUUUAUUGUGUGAUUUAUUAUUGCAGAGCGUGCAGACUUUUGCUUUGUCAUUCCAAAUGAAGAGACAUCUAAACUCGCGUAGUAAAAUAUAAACUGUCUGUCGGUCGAGUGGAGUAUAUUUUGAAACAGUUAAAGAAACCAUUUAAAAAAUUUUUAACAAAUUUAUUAAAUAGUUGUGUUUUCUAUCUUUAUUUGUAAAUAUGAAGGAACGUGUAAAGGUACCUGUUGAAGAUCCGAAGGAUGUUAAAGAAAAAAAGGAAAAGAAGAUCGAAGAAGAGAAAGAGCCAGAUUUAUCUGACGAAGAUAAAGCAUUACAAGAUGAACUGAAUACAUAUAUUCAAGUUCUUAAUGAAGAUAAGACAGAACUUUAUGUUCCCACUUUGAAUCAACUCCGCUCAAAAAUUAGAGCAUCCACCACAUCUAUGACUUCAGUUCCAAAGCCUUUGAAGUUUCUACGGCCUCAUUAUGACACGUUAAAGCAGCUGUAUGAAAAAUACCCAGAUAUUGAUGCUAAGAACUUUGUUGCUGAUAUUGUAUCGAUAUUAGCUAUGACUAUGAGUGAACAAAGAGAAUGUUUAAAAUAUCGUUUGUUAGGAUCUCAAGAAGAAAUUGGCUCCUGGGGUCAUGAAUAUGUAAGGCAUUUGUCUGGAGAAAUUGCUCAAGAGUGGAACAAAUCUGAUGAUACUGCAUACCAAAAGCAACUUUUAAAUCUUGCUGGACAAAUUAUACCUUAUCACAUGGCUCAUAAUGCAGAAGCAGAUGCUUGUGAUCUUGCAAUGGAAAUAGAGCAUCUUGAUAUGCUGGAACAAUAUGUUGAUGAGGACGCUUUUCCCAGAGUUGCUUUAUACUUGUCUAGCUGUGUGCCUUAUGUGUCAGAGCCUGAAAACACAAAUCUCUUGAAAUGUGCCUUACAGCUUUACAGGAAGUUUAAACGUUAUCCAGAAGCUCUGCGAGUAGCCAUGCAAUUGAAUGAUAUGAAGUUGAUUUCAGAGAUAUUUUUAACCUGCCCUGAUAG